AUGGCUGACUUUAGGAGACAGGGAGUAAAUGACCAACAAAUAGUUGAUUUACUUGUUGAUUCAGAAUUUGAAGAUGAAGCAGCUGAUAUCAAUGAAAUUGAUGAUGGGCUGAUGGCAGGCAUUUCUAGUGUGUUAUCACGAGAUAAAGAUUUGUUAGAUUCAGGGUCCUCUAGUGUCAAGAGAUCGGAAUUGGAAUCAAGUGAUUCAGAUUCUCAGUCCAAACUUUCCGACAAUGAUAUGACUCCCGCACCUUCAUUACAAAGAAAAGGACGAGAUCGUGGCAUGCAACAAUGUGGAGCCAUGCGACGUUCACGCGGAAUUACAUCGCGAAGAUAA